GGUAACCGGUGUCCGGUACGUAGCACGGUUAAAGAUGAGUUGAUGAGUCUAUAAUUGUCUAUAAUUGUCUCAAUACAAAAAUCCUCAUAAAAACAUUUAUAUUUUUCAUUUUAAGAAAACAUUUCUAUUUACCAAGACACUUUGGUGACAGAUGACAGAUCUGUAAUGUUAUAACAUAUCACCAAUUGGCAAUUGCUUGUUUUUGGUUUUAUAUUAUAAACACAUUGAUACACUCAACUAAGACACUAAAUAUUUGUAUUGCUUAGGUUUAAAAGCAAAUUUGAAAACUAAAAAAAAAAAUGUCAAAAGUCUUACUGGGUUUUGUAGAUGAACAUAUCAAGAGUGAAAGCUGUUCUGAUGAUGCAUACACAGUAAAUAAAAUUGGAGGAUUGUCUAAUACACUAAAUCAGAAUUUUUCUCCAAAAUGUCCACUGUGUAAUCGCCAGACACCAUUACUCAUUCAGAUAUAUGCACCUGUUACAAAUUCUAUUUACCAUAGAACCUUAUACAUACAUGCAUGUGUAAGCCCAGGAUGUUGGAACAAAUCUCAGAGUUGGAUAUGUUUGAGACGACAGUGGGUCGCAGUAGAUGAUUAUGAUAAUAAGCAGCAGUCUACAACGUUUAUCGAAUGGUGUGAUGAUGCUGACGACUGGGGUGAGGAACCUGUAGCUGUGGCUGAAGACAACGGUAAUAUUACUGUUCCAAGCCAAGCAAUUGAAUUAUGUGAUACUGCAAGUGCUGAGUUAGAAAAUUCUGAUGCUGAUGAUAAUGUAGUUGCUGAGCCAAUUGAAAUACCAAAUACAAAUUUUUUUCAAUUACUAGAUAGUAGAAAAGAAAUACCUUCAGAUCACUAUAAUAUGACUAUAUUUUUUGAGCCAUAUUAUAUAUCAGUAGCUUAUGAAGAAUCGUCUGAUACAGUAAAAGAACAUGCAAAUAACUUAUUACACAGCUAUCAAAAUAAUCAAACGAUUCUUGAAGAAAAGAAUGAAGGCUAUGAAAAAAGUUUACCAGCACAUGGUGAUAAGCUUUUUGAAACAUUUGCAUCAAUGAUAAGAAAAAAUCCUGGUCAAAUUUUACGGUAUUGUCGUACUGGAGGUAAACCUUUAUUUUUAUAUGAAGAAAGUGAACCAAAUGAAUGUACCAACUGCCAAGGAAAACUAUUAUUUGAGUUACAAAUUCUUCCAUCAUUAAUUACAUAUUUGAAACUAAUAUGUGGAGACGAUCACCUUGGUAGUGGACACUUAGAAUUUGGAACAGCUCUAAUAUACACUUGUGAAAAUAAUUGCUGGAAUGAAGGAGAUACUUAUAAGUAUGAAUGUGUCAUAGUUCAAGAAGAAAAACUGUUUUAAAUUUUUAUAUUUAUCUAAUAAAAGAUUUAAACAAUCAAUAAAAUAUAGUAAUUUAAUUUCAAAUGUAAUCAUAAAACAUAGUAAAGUAAAAUGAUUGUGUAAUUUUCCCAUUUACCUAGGAUAAAAGCACAUAUUUAAAAAAAAAUUAAGAUAACCAAUCAAACCAUGGAUUGUAAUAUUUUUUACAAUGAAUUGUAAAAUUAUUUAAUUAUUAGUGUUUUCUUAUAAUUAGAAUGUGAGUCCACAAGGUCUGGGACAAAAUCCCAACAAUUAUCAUUGUGACCAAACACUAAAAUUUUUAAUAUAGUCAAAAAAUUAUAACUAAUAAUUAUUUUAUCUUCAUAUAACUACAUCCCAGUAUUUGUACCAACAUUUAAAGUAUACAAACAGUGAAUACAUAUUAAAACACACAUAAAGUAUAUUUAUUAUUUAAAAUAAAAUGUUCAACAAAUAUUUCUUUUUAAUUUUCAUUUAACUAGGUUUAUAAUUAAUAAUUAUUGUAUUCUUUAAAAAAAAUGAAUUGGGGUAAAAAUGGGUAUAAUAAAUAUAAAUUAUAAUCAGUGCAAAAGUUUUAAUCUAAAAAUCAAAACCAUUUGCCUGAUUAUUGUUCUUACUUUAUGUACCUACUUACUCAUUUUGUCUUUUUGAAUAAAAUAAGUUAUGUUAUGACUAUAGUUGAAUCGGAAAUAUACCAAUAUAAUAUGCUUGAUGAAAAAAAUUUUAAUCAUAUUUUGACAUAUUUUUACCAUUUUGUAUAUUAUGUAUUUUUAUUUAGAAAAUAUUUUAACUAUUAUUCAUACAAUAUAUGUGAGGUUUUAGUCAAAAAUUAGUUCUAUCUGCGUGUUAUCCAGUUUUUAUGUUUUAAUUUUGAAUUGUCGAGAUUUUUUCUAUAUCCCAAGUACAUGUUUAAAUAAUACCAUAAUGUUAAGCUUCAAAAUAAACAUUGGAAAAACUUUAUGAAACAAAUGUUGAACAUUAGUUGUGUUAUAUAUUAUGUUAUUCAUAAUCUUUAUAAUAUAUAUGUUGUUAGGUUGUUAUUGUUAUGUUAUGCUAUAUGCAGGGUAGGGUGUCAGCACUGCAUUAAUUGUGAGAUGGUGACCAGUGGUGACGACGGGCCUGUAGUCUGUGCUUUGCGCCAGUGUCGGAUGCUGACUCUUGUCCCCUUUUGUUAUGUAGCUGAACCUAUGUCAGUCUUGAGGUGUUUUUAUACUAAGUGAUGUUACAAUAAAGUGAAUCUUAUAUAAUUUAA